CUUCAAAGCCAUACAACACGCCCACAUACUACCUACCAACAUGUCGAUCCAACCUCUAAUUACAUUCAAAGCCGGCCAGUGUGACAUCUCAUUCGGUGGCCAGAAUCCAACAGUGAAACCUGUCAACACGCCCGGAUACAUUUACCUUUACAUGGGAGAUGAUUUUGUUCACUUCUGCUGGCGGCCGCGCUCGGAACCCAUCGACCAGCCCGAAAUCGACCUAAUAAUGAUCCCCGGUGAUGGCUCCUUCCUCCCAUAUAUAGGUGCGGAGAGCGGUGCCGACUCGGAGAACCUCAAGUCUCCCACCGAUGGCCGUAUCUUUGUGCUCAAAUUUAGCUCCAGCUCCCAGCGACAUCUCUUCUGGUUACAGUCCAAGUCACAGCAUUCGAAAGGUGACCCUAGCUGGUUCAGCGAGCGGGAUUUGAAGAUCGGACAUAUCGUUGAUCUUCUUCUGAGUGGUGAAGAUGUUGAUGUGGCAGCAGAACUCGCCAGUAUUCAGAAUCGCGGCGGCCCUGGUGGUGACGAAGACGAGACAAUGGAGGACGUGGAGGGCACAGAUCACUCUGCUCACCGAAACCGGCAUGGUAGCACAGGAGGCGCUGGCCCUGGUGCUACCGGUGGGGACAUCAGAGAAGAAGGCGAAGAAUCCAGAGAAGGCGGCGCUGACGGAGGUCGAGCUGCUGCCUCAGGCUCCACCGAUGCCUCCGCAAUUGUCCAAAACUUCCUCAAGUCGCUGAAGAGCGGAGGCCUCGGUUCCCAGGCAUCACAAGACCCCUUCACCACCCUCCUCGAUCUUCUGUCCCCUGUAACCACCAUCCCUGUUAUCGAGAAAGCUCCUGAAUCCCUCAUCGACUCUCUCUGCAACAACCUACCGCCUACCAUCCUCCUCCUUGCUCAAGAAAUCGACGAUCUCGCCGAAGUCGACCCGAACUCGGAAACUGCACAAGCCGCCAUCGAAGCCCUUACUCAAGAGCAGAAGAAGGAUAUUCUGAAGCGAGUGCUCCGGUCUCCGCAAAUGAGGCAAAGCUUAGGUAGUCUGACAGUGGCACUGAGAGAUGGUGGCUUGCCCAAUGUCAGCCAAGCGUUGAAAAUUGAUGUGGAGAAUGGCGGUUUUAUCAGGGGCGGUGGCAUGCCUCUUGGUGGCGGCGAUGCAGUCCGGGCUUUCCUCGAGGGAGUGAAGCGGACAGUUGAAAAAGGAAAGGAUGGAGAUGCCAUGGAUACAGAGUAAAAUGAGACACAGCGCUCUACCGAAGGAUAUAAGAGCUUGUAUAGACUUUAUCGCGGGAACCGGCAGGGUCAUGGGAGGUCUCCCAGGGGAAAACAGGUAAUGCAAAUAACAUUCUUGUAAUUCCUC